AUUUAAUCAUAAAAUUAUACGAAAAGUAUUGUAAUCUGUUCAAAAUUGUUUUCAAUGCGUUAAAAAUUGUAUUUGCUUUUGCUUUGAGACUACAAUCAUGGAGACCGAAAAUGAAAGUGGAACUGAACAAGAAAACUAUUCCCGGCUAGUAUCGAGUGUAAUCCACGAAUAUGAUAUUAUUGACGAACAUUCGGCUGCCAAAAGCGAGGGAAGCUCAAACGAAGAUGCGAAAUCUCGGGAUUCCAGUCAAGAUGACGUCGCACUACCCCGUGUGAACUGCCCAGAAAAAAUAAUAAUAUGCCUGGAUAUGAGCACAGAAAUGGAUAAAGUUUCAUUUCGGUCUAGAUCAGGGGAUAAGUGGACCCCUAUGAAGCUGGUCAGAAGAGCUCUGUCAUUUUAUCUCCACAGUAAACAGAAAAUGAACAAAAAUCAUCAGUUUGCAUUGGUCCAUCUCUUUGACAAAGCAUCAUGGGUGAAAGAUUUUACUGGAAAUAUCAAGUCUGUAAUGAAUGCUUUAGAUGAUUUGUCGGAGACGGUGGAGCUACAGUCCUUCAAUGCGACCUCGUUGUUUGACCUCAUACAUCAGUGCGUGCCACUUCCAGAAGUGGAGGGGGACAUGACAAUUCUGCCUCCCCCUUACAUUGUAAGGAUGCUGUUUAUUUACGGUCGAUCUAACGGACAAAUCGAGUUCCAGAAUAAAGAGAGUUUUCGACAGCUGGAUAGCUCUCCUUACUUUUUCUUUGAUGCCCUCUAUGUACAUGAACCACAAUCAGAGGAAAACAAGUGCGAGGAAAUCUUUGACCGCCUCUGUGAUUUUGAUGAAAAGGGAAUGUCUUACAUCUUUGAGGCUGCUAGAAAUCCGACGCGACUCUACGAUCAAAUGGCGCAGCUGUUGGCCCAUCCCCUACAGCGCCCUCUACAGGGAGAAGUCUCGUAUCGCCUCCACAAUGUCGCCGAUCUCACGGAUACCUGACAGAGGAAGAUCAUCGCUUAUAGUUUGGCUAUCUAAUUAACUGGAACAGUGGUGAUAAAGAUUCAACACAACAGUGUGUUCAAAAGGCUAUAAAUACUCUAAAAGUAUUGACAGUAUAUAUGCCCUUAGAUGGAAACCAGUUAUAGAAAACGAGAGGCAUAUCUUUACUGUAUCUAUGUAUGUGACCUUUAUCUCAACAUAAGUGUAUGGUUAUGACUGAACAUGAAGUUAGAGAUUUUCUAAUUCUGUAUAAACCACUUAAUUUUACUAUUGUACCAACUCAAUCUACAAGUAUACAUCUGGUAAAGUGAAAUCUGAGGACGGAUAUUUUUUUUUUUAUUCAUGAUAGACAUUCUACAUAUUCUAAGGAUGUGAAUAUUCAUGUACACACAGACACACGGGCGAAGAAAAACGUUUAUCUUUAGCAAUAUAGCAAUAUAAAUAUAUUUGUACCUUCUGAUCAAGUGAGCAUAGAUCAAAUUAAACUAAAAAAUCAAACAAUUACUGACAUAGCAUAAGACACAAGAGGCUGAUGAGUAAGAGGCUGAAAACCAAGAAUCAAACUCUACAGAUGGACAAUGUUUCGAAUAAGUUUGAUAUUCCAAUGUGACAAAGAUCUAUAAUGAAAAAGGUAGCAAGAUGAAAAUCAUAUUUCAUGCAAUUCAGAAUCUUCAUAGAAUAUAUUCAUACAUUUUAUUUUGAGGCAUAGACCUGUUGCCAAUAUACAUG